CCUCCUUCACUAGCCUUCUCGUCUCAAGUUCUUAACCUUCACUCACCACUGCGCACAUUAGCAGGCGCAUUUUCCUCCAAAAUGGCUUCCAACCUGCUAUUGUUCACCGCCGUGAUCUGCAUUGCCGCCGCCGCCGCCGUCAACGGCCAAUCUCCUACAAAUUCUCCUGCUCCGCCUACUCCGCCCACUCCAGCUCCACCAACUCCAACUCCUCCCACCGCAACGCCGCCUCCGACCACCACCACUCCGCCGCCGGCAGCUACGCCGCCGCCGGUGACCGCCACUCCGCCGCCGGCAGCGACUCCGCCACCGGUUUCAUCGCCUCCUCCAGUAGCCACCACUCCUCCACCCGCUGCCACUCCGCCUCCUACUCCGGUGGCCUCUCCUCCUCCUACUCCGGUGGCCUCGCCUCCUCCUCCGGUGAAUACUCCGCCGCCGGCGACGCCUCCGCCGGCCGUUCCUCCUCCAGCGUCGCCGCCGCCUCCGGUGCCGUCACCGCCGCCGCCGGCUGCGCCUACGCCGGCUCCGCUUGCUUCCCCGCCAGCUUCGGUUCCGGCUGCGGCUCCGUCGAAGCCGACGUCUCCGGCCCCAUCGCCGCUGCUGUCGAGCCCUCCGUCUCCGCCGACCGGAGCCCCGGGCCCCAGUCUCCCCGGCCUCUCUCCAGCUCCGUCCGCCACAGAUCAGAGCGGAGCAAAUCCAGUGGGUGUGGCGCAGAUGGUCAGUGGCAGCGCUAUUUUGGGCUGGGCUUUCAUGUUUUUGGUCUGGGCUUAGAUUACUCUACUUGGGCCUUUUCCCAUGCUUGAAUUACAGCUCACACUUAUGUAUUAUGCUAUUUUAUCUAUUUGUUCACAUUUAGUUGUUUGUUGAGAUUUUGGAUGCACCUUUGAUUUUAUACAUUGAUUUGGAUUCUUUCUUGUA